AUGAAGCAGUUUAGAGGCAAGCAGUGCCAUAAGAUUGCACAGCCUAUGUACGAUGUUUUCAUAAACUACCGUAAGGCUGAUAGUGGGAGAGCAUUCGUUCCUUUGCUCUAUGAUCAUCUUAUGAACAAGGGAAUCAGACCCUUCUUAGACACCAAAAGCAUGAAACCUGGCAAUAAGUUGUUUCACCAAAUUAACAAUGCCAUACACAGCAGUAAGGUUGGUGUUUCUGUCCUCACACGUCGUUUUUGCGAUUCUCACUUCUGUCUCCACGAGCUUCGCCUUCUCAACGAAUCCAACAAAAGGCUCAUCCCUAUCUUUUAUGACAUCAAGCCCUCGCAACUUCAGCUCAAGGCCAAUGCACGUUAUCCACCUCAACUGCUCCAAAAGUUCGUCGCAGCUCUUGAGGAAACUAAAUACACUGUAGGAAUCGCCUUUGAUUCGUUAAAUGGGGACUGGAUGGAGCUGCAAAGAAAGAUUUCUGAUGCUGUGAUCAUGAACUUGCUUGAGUUAGAGGACGAGGAGAACCGCAACACGCCAGCGUGUUAA